UCUGGUUGCGCAAAAAGCGUAAUCCAGUCUCCCUAUCAUAUCUGCUUUCCCGUUUCGUCAGUGAUGCAUAGGGUUCUUGCCUUUUCCCUACAUGGCAUGUUUUCACUCUAUCGCCCGUAUGUGACACGCUGACUAAUAUCAUUGCUUAAAUUCACCGUGGCGUAUAUCUUCAAGAUUUCUUAUAUUUUAGGCUAAUGGUCGCACCGUAACCUUACGGAUAAGAAACCCAUUUUGUGGGCAAUUCGCAAUCUGGAGAACCGCACACAGAGUAGAUGAGUGCCCUCUGCUCCUUCAAGGCGAUUCACGUCAUGACCUCUCUACACCACGCUUCCUAAAUUUUCUAAAUGGGAUUUGCCUUGCGGAUUCUGGAUUCCUUCAAGCAGUUCGAUAUCGGUUGUUAAUCCGUUAGCUAAUGAGGACAGCUGCAAGGAUUUGAUACGGACGGGUCUCUCCACAACGCGUCCGUGAUUUGGAGCAAACCGCGAGACCCUUCAAAGGAACUACUACUCUGCGAUGUUCUGAAACGGGAGUGAAUUCAACCGCUUGGGGCCACGCUCAUCCUCUUCCAGUCCUCCACCUCUUCUCGUCUCAUCUUGGUCGGCCUGCGGAUGGGGGCGGGCAAGAGCAAGCCCAAGGAGCCGGGCCAGCGCUCCAUGAGUCUGGACGGCACCAUCGGCACAGGCUCCGACAGCGGCCACUUCCACCACUUCAACCCCGCCCAGCAGACCCAGACCCCCAACAGGAGCCCUGCCGUGGGGGGAGGCAGGCGAGGGCCCCAGCACCAGCACGCCCCCACCAACACCCCCGUGCUGGCUCUGUUUGGAGGGGUGGACCACAUGGGCGGCAUCACAUCCCCCCACAGAGGGCCUCUGGCGGGAGGUGUCACUACGUUUGUGGCUCUCUACGACUAUGAGUCACGAACAGCCUCUGAUCUGACCUUCCAGAAAGGCGAGCGGCUGCAGAUCGUCAACAACACGGAAGGGGACUGGUGGCUCGCUCGCUCUCUUACCACAGGAGAGAGUGGUUACAUCCCCAGCAACUAUGUGGCUCCGUCUGACUCCAUCCAGGCAGAAGAGUGGUACUUUGGGAAGAUAACGAGGCGGGACUCCGAGAGACUGCUGCUGAGUGUGCAGAACAGACGAGGAACCUUCCUGGUCCGGGAGAGCGAGACCACUAAAGGGGCCUACUGUCUGUCUGUGCUGGACUAUGACAACACUAAAGGCCUGAAUGUCAAACACUACAAAAUCCGCAAGCUGGACAGUGGGGGCUUCUACAUCACCUCCAGGACCCAGUUCAGUAGCUUACAGCAGCUGGUCUUUCACUACCGCAAGCACUCGGACGGCCUGUGCCACGCCCUGACGGAGGUGUGCCCUGUGUCGAAGCCCCAGACCCAGGGCCUGGCCCGGGACGCCUGGGAGAUCCCCCGGGAGUCCCUCCGCCUGGACCUCAAGCUGGGCCAGGGCUGCUUUGGAGAGGUCUGGAUGGGCACGUGGAACGGCGUGACGCAGGUGGCCAUCAAGACCCUGAAGCCUGGGACCAUGUCCCCCGAGGCCUUCCUGCAGGAGGCCCAGGUCAUGAAGAAGCUGCGGCACGAGAAGCUGGUGCAGCUGUACGCCGUGGUGUCGGAGGAGCCCAUCUACAUCGUCACCGAGUACAUGAGCCAAGGCAGCCUGCUGGACUUCCUGAAGGGCGAUGCAGGGAAGAUGCUGCGUCUGCCCCAGCUGGUGGACAUGGCCUCUCAGAUAGCUGCAGGGAUGGCCUACGUAGAGAGGAUGAACUACGUCCACAGAGACCUGCGUGCUGCCAACAUCCUGGUGGGGGACAGCCUGGCGUGUAAGGUGGCUGACUUUGGCCUGGCGCGUCUCAUAGAGGACAACGAGUACACCGCUCGGCAGGGAGCAAAGUUUCCCAUCAAGUGGACGGCUCCAGAGGCGGCUCUGUACGGACGCUUCACCAUCAAGUCAGACGUGUGGUCGUUCGGCGUGCUCCUCACAGAGCUGGCCACCAAGGGCAGAGUGCCUUACCCAGGCAUGGUGAACCGAGAGGUGCUGGACCAGGUGGAGCGAGGCUACAGGAUGCCCUGCCCGGCUGAGUGCCCUGGCUCCAUGCACGACCUGAUGCUGUCCUGCUGGAGGAAGGACGCCGAGGAGAGACCCACCUUCGAAUACCUCCAGGGCUUCCUGGAAGACUACUUCACCUCCACGGAGCCUCAGUACCAGCCCGGGGAGAACCUAUAGACACCACGAAACGCUAAGAGCCCACAGAACACUUAGAAGCUACAGAACACUUAGAAGAAUCACACAGAACACUUAGAAA